UAAUUUACACUCUUACUUUUCAUUAUUUUAGGCGCUCUGGCAUAUGCUGAAUUAGGUACAAUGAAUACAUCGUCGGGUGCUGAAUGGGCAUAUUUUAUGGACGCAUAUGGACCAGCACCGGCGUUUCUAUUCUCAUGGGUAUCGACAUUAGUUUUAAAGCCAUCGCAAAUGGCAAUAAUUUGUCUUUCAUUUGCACAGUAUGCAGUGGAGGCAUUUGUCUCUGAAUGUGAUCCACCAAUGUCGGUUGUUAAAAUGGUUGCAUUAGUAGCAAUAGUGAUGAUAUUGUUUGUUAACUGUUAUAGUGUUAAUUUGGGCAUGGCAGUUCAAAAUAUAUUUACUGCUGCCAAAUUGGUUGCAGUUCUAAUUGUUAUAUGUGGUGGUGCCUGGAAAUUGUUUCAGGGCAAUACACAACAUCUAUCAAAUGCAUUUAGUGGACCUACACCCACCAUGGGAGCAAUAGCCACAGCCUUUUAUACGGGUCUGUGGGCUUAUGAUGGCUGGAAUAACUUGAAUUAUGUUACGGAGGAGAUUAAGAAUCCGAGCAAGAAUUUACCACGCUCCAUAGUAAUUGGCAUACCAUUGGUUACUUUGUGUUAUGCUUUGAUUAAUAUUUCCUAUUUAGCGGCCAUGUCACCCACCGAAAUGAUUGAAUCUGAGGCUGUGGCGGUAACAUUUGGCAAUCGUAUCUUGGGCGCACUGGCCUGGUUGAUGCCAUUGAGUGUAACGAUCAGUACAUUUGGCAGUGCAAAUGGUACACUGUUUGCAGCGGGAAGAUUAUGCUUUGCUGCAUCUCGUGAGGGUCAUUUGCUAGAUAUUUUAUCUUAUGUACAUGUACGUCGUCUUACACCAGCACCUGGUCUAAUAUUCCAUUCUUUAAUUGCUGCUGCUAUGGUUUUGUACGGUACCAUAGAUUCGUUAAUUGAUUUCUUCAGUUUUACCGCUUGGAUUUUCUAUGGUGGCUCGAUGUUGGCCCUCAUUGUGAUGCGUUUCACCAAACCCAACUAUCCAAGGCCAUAUAAAGUGCCUAUUAUCAUUCCCGUUGUGGUUCUGGUGAUCUCAAUGUAUCUGGUGGUGGCUCCCAUUAUUGAUACGCCACGCAUUGAAUAUUUGUAUGCAUUACUCUUCAUAUUUGCCGGUUUGAUAUUCUAUGUGCCAUUUGUGAAAUUGGGAAUGACACCGAGAUUUAUGAGUAAUGUAUAUUUUUUCUUAUACAAAAAAUCGCUCUAUAUUAAUCAAUACGCUCAAGUUGUCAUCACGUUUCUAACUGUCACUGUAAAAACGGAAGCUGAAAACCAAAACAAACUGUAA